AUGUGGAGCAUUAUAAGAAACCUCUGUUUGCUUACCCCCGUACUUUCUAUACACAUCUUUAGUGGACUACAAAAUCGAUACAACACGAUAUUCAAACCGGAGAGCAUUAUCUUUCGAUCGAAUUCGACUAUAACUAAACUGCUGGUUCCUGCAGAUGGAGCGUCUUACGCUGAUCACACUGAAAUACCAUCGAUAUUUUUUACAGUUAAAGAUCGACAUCUAGAAGGCGAACAUUGCAUUUACGUCCUUGAAGGUCUCGCUGCUUAUGAAAUACUCGAAGGAGGAAGAGAUUCGACUUCGGAUUACGGAUUAGACAAAACAGUGUAUUUUGGUGCUAGAGAUGGCGUAUACAAGUAUGAUCCCGAAAGUUUAUCAGCGAAGAAGUACGGGACUUUCCGUGAUGAUAUAAUUCAAAUACAAAAAGCUAAUGGAUCGGAUGAUAUAUAUUUCUUAACUUCUCAACACAAACUGUUUAAAUUGGGAGACAAUGGCACUUCCAGGACUAAAAUUAGUGGUGUGGUAUGUGCUAUUGAAUUUGUUUUGGACACUUCUAAUAACAUUUAUUAUUUGGCUUGUGAGGAUCGUUUACCACGAAUUGUAAAGAAUGAUGGAAGUUUACAAUCGUUUCUAUCCAGUGUCACUGAAGAUUUUCAAGAUGUAAAAUUGAUCCGCCCCGCCUUCAUUAUGGAGAACUGUGUACCAUUUUUUGGCGAUGGAAAUCUUUAUAUGUUGUAUUCAAAUGGAACAACUGAGAAAAAGGAAUUUCGUGUAAAGGAAAAGCCAACAGCCUUUAGCAUAGACGCUGCUUUAUAUUUAGUUGCAGCUGUAGAAGGAAAAAUUUAUGAGUUUAAUGUAAUGGAGGUUCUACUACGAUCAAUGUUUGGAGUAUCCUUACCGUGGCCUACAGAUCUUACUAAAAUUGUAAUGUCUGUAAUGGAUACGACUAGAGAUGGCUUCUAUUUAAACAAUUAA